AUGAUCCGCUUGGUUUUUCAAGAUUGCCAUGCGAGGCUACGCAAAUAUUGCCAGAUAAUUGACCGUGAGAAGACUAAAUGCUGUGAGCUCGUGGGUGAGGACUGCACAAAACUGCUUCAGCAGAGAAUGCUUGAACGAGCCCGCGAGAAACAAGCAAUUCAUGAAGCGGCACUGGAGAAAAAAUGCCACAAACUGCAAUAUACAACGUCCUCCAGAAACGACGUACUGGUAAACAACCUGUCGUCGAAAGAACCGACGAAGGAGCAAAUACAGGUUCUACAGCACGAAACCUCAUUCAACAUGGCUGAUGCUAAAUCGAAGGAGCAAAUACAGGUUCUACAGCACAAAGCCUCAUUCAACACGGCUGAUGCUAAACCUGUUAACAAGGUUGCAGCUGUGGAAUCAGUCGUCAAUCAGACAGACGCAACGGAGAAGACGAAGAACUUUAUCUGA